UUCCGAAGGGGGAACAAGUUGUUGUUAACAGCCGGACAAACCCGGAGCCGCAGCGCAGUGAUUCCUCUUCCUCCGCGGCGCGUGCGUGGCUUCCUGCCUCAAAUCCAAGGCAGGCCCCACCGCUGUCUCUUCCCCAGCUAGACGCCUUCGCUUCCCAAGCUCGUUCGCUUCCUUGUUUGCUCAUGGACUAUGAAUUGGGCGACGAAGGGCUCAUCAAGGAGUCCGAGCUGGCGAAUGGCCCGACCUUCGAGGACUUGGCCAUCGAUGACAGCCUGAGCGACCUGCAGCGCGUCACCAAAUACGUGUGCAGCAACAUCCCGCUACAGCGUGUCAUCCACGUCAAAAUGCUGCACGAAACGGCGCGCUCUGUGGGCUUCCAGGCUACGUGCGAUCAGCUGCUGCCGCUGCUCGAGCCCCUGGUCUGUGACGUCGAAUACGUCGUACGCCAACACGUGGCACUGCAGUUCCCUCCGCUGUGUCAGUUCCUAGUGGGAGCGGAUCCCGACACGGGCUAUAAAGUAUUGCUAGAUAAGUUGAUCCCGCUGGUUACUAAGCUUGUGUCGGACGACCAGCAUGAGGUGCGCUCCGCUGCGAGCGAAAGCCUCGUGGAGAUGGCAGCGCUGGUUAAACCCGAAGACCAGGGACAGCACGUGCUGACCAUUGUGCUACCAUUGGCACAUGACGACGACAAUGAACAGUUCAGGAUUUCUGCUGUGGCACUUUACAACGGAUUAGCGGAACAUUUCGGUCCCGAAUUAUGUCAGCAGUUUUGCGUGCCGGAGCUAAUUUCACUGUCGGAAGACCCAGUCUUUCGAGUAAGAAAAUCGACGGCACUCAGCUUUUCUAAUGUUUGCAAGACGGCAGGAGUGGAGUUGAGCCGGGAGAGACUCAUCCCGGCUUUUCACCGAUUGGCGAAGGACGAUAUUUGGGGUGUGCGCAAAGCGUGUGCCGAGUGUCUGGUUAAUGUUGCAUUGGCGCUGGCGCCUCCAGACAGGGGGCCAAUGUUGGUACCUUUAUUUGAGAGUUUUAUUGAUGAUUCAUCACGGUGGGUGCGGAUGGCUGCGUACCAGAGUUUGGGGCCAUUCCUGGCGGCAUUGGAAAAAGAUCAGGUUACAGAUGAACUGGUGGGUCACUUUACGAGCAUGGCAACAACGGCGGCAUCGCAACUGGGUGGAAGCGGCGAAGUGGACAUCAAAUUUCAUUGUGCGUUUAAUUUCCCGGCGGUAGUGAGUAUUCUGGGCCCCGCAGAUUGGCUGAAACUCUCCCCAGCUUUCGAGCUGCUACACAAUGACACUUUCUGGAAGAUCCGGCGGUCAUUUGCGUACUCAUUGCACGAAUUGGCGAGGAUUCUUGGACGGGGCAUUACAGAAACACAGCUAGCCACAGCGUUCGACAGUUAUCUUCAUGACGUGCAGGACGUGCGGCUAGGCGUGAUGCUGCACUUUGCUGACUUUUUGGAGAAUGUUUCGCCAUCAUUUCGUGAAAGCUAUUUACCAGUGCUCGCAGAGUUCGACUCAUUCGACAACACUACCAAAUGGCGCUUCCGUGAAGUGCUGAGUGGCCAACUAGCGCAGUUGUGCCACACUUUCACGCCCGAGGCGACAUUUUCAGUGAUUUACCCCUUGGUAUUCAAGCUCGUUACAGACCCGGUUUCUGUUGUUCGAGAACAGAGCUAUCAUGCGUGUCCUCUACUGGUGGCACGUUUGAGCUCAAAUCCAGAUUGGCUCACUGCUGUUGUUGACAAAUUCGUGACUCUCGCAAAGUCGUCACAUUAUCAGGACAGACAAUGCUUCGUGAAGAUAGGUGCAUCAUUCCUGUCAACCACUUCUCAACAAGACGAGGAUGCAGGCGAGGCCCUUGAAAAGGCAAAGGCGGCGCGAAGCUUCUUUACAUCUAAACUUGCAGCCGUACUAUUCACGCUCGCAUUGGAUCCGGUAUCGAAUGUCCGAGUGGUAUUUUCCGAGAUUGCGAUCAAACACCAACAAUUAUUCCGAGAACAUCCCGACUGCCCGGACUCCUUGCGGGAGAUUCUUACAGCAACGGCGUUCACCUGCGUCGACGAACUCACUACUGUUUUGUCUGAACAAGUAAAAGUGCGACUCGAAGCACAGGCGAAGAUUGAGGCGGAAAGUAACAGUAUGGACAAAUUACCAGCAACCACCAUAGAUGCUGAGAAGGAAAACGAGAGCAGCCUCGAACCAAAGUCGGAGAUCCCUGAGCCAAUAGAAGCUGCAACCGAUGACAAAAUGUCUUCAGGUGGUGCAGUAACAAACCAUGUAGCGCUUACACCGGCUGCAUCAUUGGCCGCCCCACCAAUAGAAGCAGGAGACGCUGCGGAGUCUGCAUCGGUACACACAGGAGAUUCAGAGGAAGCUAUCGUUGCUGCACCAGCGGAUAGUUCAGAGACAAUUUCCGAGUCAAUAAUGGUGCCAACCGACGAAUUAAACUCGUCCAUGGCAACCUCAACGGAAGAGCCCCCACCCUCCGAAUUCAAUGGGGAGGUGUCAAGUCUGGCAAGUACAGAUGCAACAGGAGAGUCGACCAAAGUGGCAGAAGAGUCUGCUGCGUCGUAGUCGUGCGUGAGGAGGAUUGAUGAAUGGAUAGAUGAAUCUAACAGUUAGAGGUAGCGGGUAACUCGACAAACAAAAGACGCCGCCAUAUGAUUUCGGGGCAUAGAAGCCAAGCGAGACGUCGACAUCUCGAGAUCGAUCAAAAGCACCAACCAAAUACCGUAUCGUCAUUUCGCUCCUCCAACGUCGCCCAAAAACUCGAGAAGGAUACUGUAUGUGCUAAUAAAAAGUGACAAUAGGAAGUGCGUUGCUGCGCGUUUCAACCUUCUUUCUGCCUUUUAACAAGUAUUGUAACAAUUCGGCUAUCUCCUCGUCUACUGCUUUUCUGCAUACUUCGAUGCCGCGUUAGCCAUUUCCUUAGCAGCAUUUACUGCCACCGAGUUCUUCGCUGCGUCCACCGACUCACA